GCGUCGUUUUAACUUCCGGUUUUGUGUCAACGGGGACUCUUAAGAUGAUUUUCACUCAACGUUGACAUUAGAAAUUUAAAUACAUCUAUAAAUCAGUAGUGAAUGGGAUAAAUGUAUAUUAAAUUCCCAAAAUUUAAAAUUAAUAUAUUUUGUAGAGGCUUUAGUUCAUCUCUUUAGUUUUAACCUUUUGUUUUCCGCUUGGUGUUGGCGCUUGGUUUCAGCUUCCUGUUUGUCCCGGAAGUCUCAACCCGGAACCUUUGUCAGUGGCGUAGGCAUGUCGGUGUGUGUUUUUAAGCUACUUUUUGAACAGUUUAUUCAAUUCUUCGUAAACUUGAGAAACAUGCCAAAGAUCUGUUUACGUGACAAGUGAACGGUUAGUUCUCUACAGUAUCGGUUUCUGAAAUUAGCUUCUCUGUAGAAAAGCGCGCGCGCGAAUAAGUUAGUUCGCUCCAUCCAUGCUUGCCUCGUUAACAAUAACAUUAACAUCCUGCAGUAAUUGCAACGACAACAAUCGUGUUUAGUUAGUCGAAAACUUAACAACUCUUCGAGGAGUGUGGAGUUGAUUAGGCAAAACUUUUGUAAACAGUUUUAGGUUUAUCUGCCUUUCGCGGCAGUUUCUUUCACGUUUUUUCCCGGUGUCCGUUGCGUUGCGAUGAGGAAGAGCAGAAGAAACGAGGAAGCUCCGCGGCAGAAUGGCUCAGCAGACUUUGAGACCAACCCGGUCGGUCUGCAGGACGGACACGACGACAACGAUACGGGCCGCAGGAGGGAGAUCCGGAGCAAAUACCGGGACCUCAUCAACACCGUGCAGCAAAACAGGGAGGACAUGCUGAGUCCAUCCACGGAUAAACUCACAGAGGUUUUGGAGGAGGCAAACAAGCUGUUCAAAGAUGUCCGCAGAGCGAGAGAAGCUGCUCUCGAUGCCCAGCUCCUCGUUGUGGCCACAGACUUGGGCAAAGAGAAAGCCAGCCAGCUGUUUUCAGAGGGGAGCGCCUUUGACCCCACUGCCUUUGCUGAGCAUCUGCUGUCCUUCAUGGGACUCAACCGACUGGAGGACGGAGACGGCGGUCCGCAGAAUGCAGGCGCAGCCGACGGCUACCUGCCCAGAGACGCCUGGCACCGGCUGUCCAGACGAGUGGAGUGUUGUUUCCGGACGGCUCCGUCCUUCCACUACAUGAUGGGGUCUUUCCAUGCAGAACCUCCAGCCCCGAAGCAGAGAACAGAACGACAAAGAAAAGCCCCCACCAAGGAAGCCAAACGGAUCAUGCCGACUCAGCUGAAGAAAAUGGAGGAAUCCCAUCAAGAAGCAACAGAGAAGGAGGUUGAAAGGAUUCUGGGAUACCUGAAGACUUAUCAUCAAGACGACCCGACAUCUCCAAUAUCCUAUUAUGAGUUCGUCGUUGACCCCAACUCGUUUGCCAGGACGGUGGAGAACAUUUUCCACACCUCUUUUCUUAUCCGGGACGGCCUGGCACGGAUGUAUCUGGAUAGCGACAAGCUGCCUUGUAUAGCCCCCGUCGAAGAAGGAGACGUAGAAGCCGCGAGCUCCUCCAGCCGGAAGCAGUGCAUCAUCUCCAUCAGCCCCAAAAUAUGGAAGGAACUGAUCGAUACCUUCGAGAUCAAGGACUCCAUCAUUCAGCCUCCGGAGCCUCACAAUGAGUGACAUAAACUGUUUUCUUAGUUUUAAUGGAUAAAGAGUUAUUUUAAAUAUACUGUGUCAUUGUUUAUUGCACAGGGAUUUUAUCUACUUUGUUGUUGUUGCCGUCAGGCCUCGCGUGUAAAUAAAUGGCGUCCAAACCCCAUUUUUUUAAAAGUUGACAGACGUUUGGCCAGAAUGUUUGAGCUGUCUUUGCUGUAACUUCAGCUGUAAGCUGACAGCUUAAACAGAGGUUUAUUUCUAUACGGUGUCAAAAAGAAAUGUUUUUUUUUUAAGUAUACGGAGCAACAAUAGACUGUAAGGGGAAACAGCUUUCCUGAAUGUCCUGGACGUGACAUUUUUAACAUUUUCUACAGAUAUCACACAUGCGGAGCUUCAGGAAUCAGAAUAUCUGGAACCUUUAGAUGUCGGUUUCUGCUGCAAAAUGAUGCCAUAUUGUUUGUUUUUUUUCAAUAAAAUAUUGUGAAAUAAAUGA